AUGAGGCAGUCGAAUGGCUCGGGCCCUCGAAAUGCUGGUGGUGAUAGUGGCGAUGCUUCAGCUGGUAAUGUGACGAGGCCGAAGAAAGCCAUCACCAAAAAGAAGGUGCUUAAGAAAGAACUUGGAUCCAAGAAACCUUCACGAAUAGCCUCUAAAUUCUGGCGAGAAGGAGAGGGCAAAAGAGGUCCUACUGGCUCGAUUACGAAAGGAUGGUUGGGUGACCGAGAUAAAUUUACUAUUGACAAGGUUUACCUUCCUAGGCGAAGACAUCAUUAUGGUUUUCACCGUUUUUGUUUCGACUUGGAGAAAAUCGCACCGUGGGCGUGGCCGCAGAGCGGUUGGCGGCGUCUGCUAACACUUCACCAUUUUCUUCCUGAAUUCCAUCCUGCGAGCAUGGAGGACGUGGGAGAAGAGCCGCACAAAAAGAGGUGUGGGAUGGAGCGGGGUCAGGCCACCGUUCUUGUUGAUAUAAUUAUAAAAAAUUUUGAGAAAAUGUUCAAGAUUGAUGAGUACCGAUAG